CCACGGCUGAGACGUGGCUGCACUUGUUGUUGCAGUUAGUCAGUGGGUGUUUAGGAAGUGCAGCCCUGUCACAGCGAGGACAGCGUGCACAUGGGCAGAGGGCACUAUUUUUGUCUGUGAGGCUGUAACCUGAAGCGCUGACCCCACGUCAGGAUGUAUAAAUAACAAGGUUUUCACAGGCACAGUGUCUGUUUACAUUCUGUGGUGACGGGCUUGUUCUGCAGGCCGGAAGACAAAGUGUCUGUUAACCCGACCCGCGACUGGCAAUGGAGUACGUGAACAACGCGAACAGCUACAGUUCUGGAGACACCAUGAGCAGCUCUUUAGCCAACAUGACCAUCAAGGAUCAGCACCACCAGGAGAACGGAGUCAAAAUGAAAGAGGAUGAAGCAGCACUCAGUGAGAAUGGGGUGAAUUCUGUGUCUGAGCUCUCUCAGCCAGACAGCAGCCACUGUGAUGACGAGGCGCAGCCCGCAGAGGCACCUGCAGAGAAAGCAGGAGCUGAAGAUACAGAGAGCACCGUGAGCAAAGACGAGGGGCAACUCGCAGCAGGAGCGUCUUCAACAGCUCAAGGAGUGAUGGAUAACGGAGAUAAGACUCAAACUGCCACCACACCGACCUCUUCCCCUCAAAGACCGUCCAUAACCGCCAAGGGCGCCAAAUCACCUGCAUCCUCCCGAAAUGGCCACAGCUCGAUCCCCAUUAAAGUCAGCAGCACAGGGCCCAGGCAGCCUGGAAGCGGUGCAAAGUCUCAGACUCCAGGGGCCAAAACUUCUGCCAGAACUGCAGCUCAACCAGAUGCCAGGAGUGGACAGAGCAGCCCCGGCACUCCCAAAUCCCCCGGUAGCCAAUCAAAUUCUGCAAAGUCAGGGGCCGAUGCCAACAAAGUGAAGAAGGUGGCUGUGGUUCGCUCCACCCCCAAAUCCCCGGGCUCGCUGAAGAGCCGUCCACCGGCUCCUCUGGCUGCCGCGGCGCCGCUGCCAGACCUGAAGAACGUGAGGUCCAAGAUCGGCUCCACAGAAAACAUCAAGCAUCAGCCCGGAGGGGGAAAGGUACAAAUCCUUGAUCAGAAGUUGGACUUUAGUAAUGUGCUGUCUAAGUGUGGCUCCAAAGACAAUAUCAAACAUGUACCCGGUGGCGGCAAUGUCAAAAUCCUCGAGAAGAAGCUGGACUUAAGUAACGUCCAAUCUCGCUGCGGUUCUAAAGACAACCUAAAGCACACGCCUGGUGGAGGCAAGGUGCAAAUUCUCGAUAAGAAGUUGGACUUGAGCAGUGUGCAGUCCCGGUGUGGCUCCAAAGAUAAUAUAAAACAUGUACCUGGUGGUGGCAAUAUUCAAAUCGUGCACAAAAAGAUCGAUCUGAGCAACGUUACAUCUAAGUGUGGCUCGAAGGACAACAUUCGUCACAAGCCGGGUGGUGGAAACAUUGAGAUCAAAAACGAGAAGCUGGAGUUUAAAGUUCAGUCCAAAGUGGGCUCUCUGGGCAACAUCAGCCACAUUCCUGGAGGCGGGCAGAAGAAGAUUGAGAGCCACAAACUGAACUUCCGCGAGACAGCCAAGGCCCGCACUGACCACGGCGCCGAGAUCGUCUCCUUGGAAGACUCCCCUCACCAGCUCAGCACCGUGUCCUCCUCUGGCAGCAUCAACAUGACCGACUCUCCACAGCUCUCCACGCUGGCUGACCAGGUGUCCGCCUCCCUGGCCAAACAAGGCUUGUGAACGCGCUCGCCGCACUCCCCGCCUCGACCGCACGACCACGUAGAGGAGUUGUGAUGCCUUCCUCGUUACUUUCACAGGACUUUUAUUUGAUUUUUUUAGCUGCCCGUCACUGUUUAUCCUCCACUAACCUUUGAAUCUCGUCGAGGCGUUGCUAUUAGAGGUCUUAAAAAAGAAAACAGAUUAACCAGUAGGCCAACAUGUAUUGAAUAUCUCUCUGUGGUCUUUGAUCUCUACACUUAAUUUGAACCUUUUGUAAGUGUCCCUUUAAGAGUUAAAGCACCCCAGCAGAGCGAAAUCCUCCCUCUGAGGAUCUCCGUACAUAUCCCGCUAAAUCGUCUAAGACUCGGUUUCCCGUCACAUUGACUGUGAACCCUUUUAGAAGUGUAUCUUAUCAGCGUCACCUUUGACGGGUGUCCCCUGAUUCUUUUUUUUAUUUAUUUAUUUUUUGAUAAAAAAAACAGAACCUUGAAGAUGGAGGUUAAUGCAGACUGUUUGUGGGACGGGGGUGGGGGUCCGUUUGCGCUAAAGCAGAGGGAUCAGAUACAGGGUCCGGUGAAGUGGGCGGAGGAACAGUUAGAAGGAAAAAGUAGCAAAUAUUUCUCGUCAAGGCAGAAAAGAAAAAGCUUUCAGACCUCACUGCUGUCUUUGCUUUGUGUAGUCCUGACAUGUGCUGCACCUCGAGCUACUGCAGGAGACUGCGGGGUGGGAGGGGGCAGAAGUGAGACCGCAGAGACAACAGCGACUGAUCGCGUCGCCUUCACGCGACUUUUUACGGGACGCGCCGAGCUCAGAUGUUCGUUCAGAGCCGCGAGAUCGAGAAGAAAGAGAGAAAUUACACUUAACGGAGGGUUGAGAGAGGCCUUUACCAACGGCAGCUGUGCUGUUUAACUCUUCCCUGCUUAAUAGGAGAAACAUGGCCGAGUGAGGGUGAUCUUGUUCUAACGGCCAUUGAAACAUUUGUUAACCGAUAAAUACACUGAAGCAUCAGGAUUUUGUAGUUUCUUAUAAAGUAGCUGGCUCGUUGUUGUGGCGACGAUACGGUAAAGCUGUGCUGUCUGCUGCGACCCGCAGCUGCUGAGACCUCGUUACAGCCUGGUGGCACUUUCACGGGUUCAAACUUCCACUGCAGACGUGAGCAGCACGCUGGGGAAUAUUUCACCUUAAAUAUGGAAGUUAAAGGGCCCGGUCACGUGUUGUAAGAACACUAAAGCUAAAUAAGGAAAAAUUUAAAAAACAAAAUGUCAACAUUUCUUCUUCGGUUUUAUUUGACUUAUUUAAGCUGGUUUUUGUUCCCCGCUGUUUCCUGUUCUCUGUGUGAGUCGUUCGGCUCAGAAUGAUCAAUUAUCUGAGCUCGGUGACGAAGCGAGGGGCUGCUGCCUCUCCGCGGUCUCAUUUCUGACGCUCUCCCUGCGUUGUAGGUGAGGGAGGGGCAGGGGAGCGUUACCUGGAUUUAAAAAAUACAGAAAAAAGACGAAGUGAAGAGCUAGAGUAGAGACUUUGUGUUGGGCACAGUUUUAUAAUCGUACUCUGUGGAUAUAUGACAUGUAUUUGAUAUGAAGAAACAUUUGUAUCGUGCCUGCUACUGUCAGUGUUCUUUUUUUUUACUGCUUUGUGUAAAUGCGCUACAGCUUGAGGAGGGAAAAUUAACCUUAAAGUGACAUUUUCAUAGCUAAACUGCGAGGAGGAGGCUGAGAACAGUAUUUAUGCACUUACAGGUAGGUAGACUAAAGUUUUCACAGCGGUGACACAAACACUGCAAACGGCUGUUUUACUGUUAAUGGAUCGUUUGUACGGAGAAGAUUGUGAGUGUUGCACGGCAGGCGGACGGUGAAGACCUCCUUAGGCAGUCUGUAUCCAACACACAUGCACCUGAAACACAGGACUGAUCAGAUGGCCGUGUUUCUCGCUCCCUGCAAAGUAGUAAAAGUGCACUUCGUGGCAAAAGUUUGUGGACGCAUGAGAGCUUAUCUGCUGCAGAUUUUUAGCAGUAGUCCAAAAGUCACGAGUGAGGCUUGAUGAGCGUCACAGGAAGUGUUUGGUGGGCCAGAGGAGACCUGAACGCCACAGCACACAGUGGUCCCAGAUAACAAAAAGAAACCUCACACUUGGGCCGGAUAUUACUUGCCAUUUGGGUUUUGGUACUUUCUCGGAUUCAUUUGAUGAGUCGUUACAUUUAACUAUGACUCAGUGUUUAAUUAACUUUUAGAAAAUGUGUCUAAAUUCUCAGUAAAUUCUGACCAAAGGCCAGAACAGGAAUAUUUAGAGGAGGUGAUUAUUUCACUGCCUUCAUGGUGCUUUAGCCACAGGUGCAUCAUUUGGCCCUAACAACCAACACUUAUUUCCACUGUGAGGUUGUUGUUUGAACAUGGAGGCAGCCUCAAGUGGCCAUCAGAGGAACUGCAGUUUUUGGCACUGGGAAAAAACCCGUCAAAGUUAAAGGAUAGAUAGACCUUCCUUUAAGCAGCAAAAGUGCCCGAGUAUCAGAUUAAAAUAUGAUCCCUUUUAAAUGGUUGAGCCAGACAGGUGCGUCCACUUACUUUUGUCCACGCGGUGCAUAUGUGGUCACGUUUUUGUUGUGUUCUCCAGCUGGAGCCAGGUUAAGACGUUCCCCUGCAAACAAACCCAGUUCAUGUGCUCAGAGACGUCCCGAUGUGGCCCCCCCGCUGAUUCAUUACUCGCAUUAAAAUGAGUGAAACAGCUUCUUGCAUGCAGCUCAUGUAAGAGACAGCCGUCUGCUUGUUGCCCCCCUUUCACAAAGCGAUCUCUCUGUAUAUCCUGUUUAUAUUUGCUCUGGAACUGGACGGAUGUACCAAUUCUUUUUUUUUUGUAUAAAAAAAUGUGCAAUUAAGGGUCAAAAGGUCACCGACUUUGCUGUAAGGUUUCCUAAACGAGCAAGCACACGAAAAGCUUGCAACAUUAUCUGCAUGCUAAACCCUCUUUAGUUCCAGUUCCACGCUCGUCUCUGCGUGCAGGACGGACGCGAGCACCCAGGGACGGGAGCCGAUCUCAGAGAGGUUUCCACAGUAACAAAACUCGUCACCUUCUUUCGUUUUUGUUUUCCUCUCUUCGGGGUUACUUCUGACGCUGUACAGUUGUGGAAAUGUGAUUGUUCUCGUUAUUGUGCAUUUUCUCAAUAACUGGUUUAUGAUGAUUCUUGUUGCUGUAUAUGUGUAUUUGAAAAUAAAUGCUAUGAAGUCACCGUGGUGGUGAAGGAGUGCAAAAAAAUCACUCCCAGAUCAGACGGGACUCAUUCAUCUGUUUCCA